AUGUGCAGCGUCUUUGAUCAGUUACUAAACAUGGACAACUUCCAAGGAGACCUAACAGACGUCGUACGAGGGAUUGGUUCAGGCCACGUGUCCUCUCCUGACCCACCGGAAGUUCCAUCUCCGAGUACCAUAUCUCGGCCGCCAACGUCGUCAGAUCUCCACGUCGAUUUCCCCACCGCCGCUGCUUCUGUCAGCUGUCUCCUCACAAACCCCUUUGGCGACCCGUUCGUAAGCAUGACGUCGGAUCCUCUCUUCCACCUCGCGGCAAGCUCCGGGUACUUACCCGUUGCCGGAGAUAACAAAAGCGACAACAGUUUUGCAAUCUUUCCAAAGGGUUUUGAUGAGGAUGACCAUAUUAAGAGUCAAUGCAGUGUCUUCCCAAGAAUCCGGAUCUCGGAAAGCAAUAUCAUCCACGAUGGUUCCACGUGUAAUUCACCGGCCAUAGCCGUCUCCAACGCCCCAUCUUCGCCGUGGGGGAUGAUCGGCGUUGAUACCACUAACAGUCCAAGAAAUUGUUUACUAGUCGAUAAUAGUAACAACACGUCAUCAUCCUCACAGAUUCAGAUCUCUUCUUCCCCUCGGAAUCUUGGCAUUAAGAGAAGGAAGGGGCAGACAAAGAAAGUGGUGUGCAUACCGGCUCCAGCCGCGAUGAACAGCCGGUCCAGUGGAGAAGUUGUUCCGUCUGAUUUAUGGGCUUGGCGAAAGUACGGUCAAAAACCCAUCAAAGGUUCUCCCUAUCCAAGGGGUUACUACAGAUGUAGCAGCUCAAAAGGUUGUUCAGCUAGGAAACAAGUCGAACGUAGCCGCACUGAUCCAAACAUGUUGGUCAUUACUUACACCUCUGAGCAUAACCAUCCAUGGCCGACCCAACGCAAUGCUCUCGCCGGCUCCACUCGUUCCUCUUCCUCCUCCUCAUCAAACCUUUCUACCAAAUCCUCAACCGCGGCUGCAACGACGACGUCUCCCUCGUCCAGAGUCUCCCAGAACAAUAAUAACAAAGACGAACCCAAUAAGUCCCACUUGCCUUCCUCUUCCACUCCUCCUCCUUAUGCGGCCGCUGGGAUUAAGGAAGAGAACGUGGAGGAGCGCCGUGACAAUAUGGAGUUCGAUAAUGACGGUGAAGAUACCUAUAAACCGGAGUUGUUGCCUGAGUUUCAACAUCAGUCGGAGGAUUUCUUCGCCGAUCUUGACGAGCUUGAGGGAGACUCUUUGACUAUGUUGCUAUCCCACAGUAGCGGCGGAGGCAACAUGGAGACCGAUACGACCAUUCCCGACGUUUUUAGCGAUUUCUUUGACGACGACGACUCAUCAAGGUCGUUAUAAUUAUUCUUAUUAAUGUAUACAUAAAAUUAUAUUAUUCUUGUAAUUCGAUUGUACUUAAUGACGGUAUUAGUCCUAGCGCAUAUAUACCACUGUCGCCUGGUGGCAAAUGAAGGGUAUUCUUGUGA